AUGUGUCCCACGAAGUUCAGAACUUCCUUCCUUCCAGUGAGAGUAGUCUAUACAUCCAGAGCACCACGACUCACCAUGGCAGCUAAUGAUUACCGAGGCUACCUGAGGAACCACGCCGACAUGGAGGGCGCUCAGUCCCGCUACCACCCGUCCCAUGGCUCGGAACCCAAAUAUAGACCGUUUAUAUUCGUUACUCUGGCUGUUAUGGGAUUGCUGCAGAUUGCAUCGAGUGUGGCGAUCUUGUUACAUUUGACAGGUUAUCUCCAAGAGGUCGAUCUCUCCUCAGCAACGCAGCAGCCAAUGGAGGACGUGCAGACGGAACCCAUCAUGUUCGAUGCCCUGAAGGACCCGAGGAAAGGCAGACAACGCUGCAAGAACCAGGGGAGGGAGGCGCUUCCAUCAGCUCAUCUACCAAUCAGAGCAACUAUAGACUAUGUGAAGAAAGGGGAGCUGAGAGCAGCUAUGAUCCAUUGGGACGAGGCGCAGGGCCACCUGAAGAAGAUGCGUUACCAUGACGGCCGUCUCCUGGUGGAUGAGUCAGGCCUGUACUCCGUCUACGCCAAGACCUGUUUCCGCUACUACGACCUGGGACCUGAGACAGAGCCUGGCGAUGCCACGCCCCAGGCCGUGGACGUGAACAACGCCCAGCUCAUCCAGUACAUCUCGCACGAGAAACACACGUCCCUGCCCAGCAAGUCUGUGGUGCUGAUGAAGACAGGCAGCACCAUGCGCUGGAAUAACUCCCAGUAUAACAUGUACUGUGCCCAGCAGGGCAGGGGGGUGAUGCUACAGCAAGGGGAUGGACUGUUUGUUAAUGUGUCCAAUGCCUGGAUGCUGGAUCCUGAACCAGAGGGGACGUACUUUGGGGCGAUCAAGAUAGGGAACUGAAACCGCGUACAGAGGAGGAGGAGGAUGUGCUACUGAACGUUCUAUAGACGUAACUGCCAAAGAACCACUGAGAGAGAGACAGAGCACUUGUUGUAUGUAACAUUACUGAAUUUGUAUUUGAUGUGUUUUAGUUUUUAUUGAAAGGAAUGGCCUAUGUUGCUCUUCACCAGAUAGAGAAUUAGGAUAUGCAGUAAUUUAAGUGAGGUGAUAUGGAUACCUUCGUUCACUCACUAGGCCUCAACAAAACCCAUAUGCCGUUCACACAGACUUAACCUGUUCCUUAAGGUCCAAAACUGCACAGGAUGCUUUAAACAUUUUAUAAAGUUGAUAGUUAUCAACCAUUUUAGAUUGUUGAUGUUUCUCAUUCCAGGGAGCACUUUUGAAAAAUGUUGUUACGAUGUGUUUUUAAAGUAUAGCAGUGUGGAUCCUAUCUUCUGUUUAUCAGCCGACACAAAGUCAUUCCUCAUCGCUAGUCUGGCCCCUCAUAGUUUACAAAACAUUGUCAUCGUCCUGAACAGAAGCACAGCUGGGGUAUUUUGUUUAUAACUGAGGAGAGUUUCCACCAGUGAACUCUUUGGUACACUCUUAGAAAAAAGGGUUCCAAAAGGGUUCUUCGUCUGUCCCCAUAGGAGAACACUUUUUGGUUCCA